ACACAAUCUAAUUUUUUGGCAACGUUUUGCGUGGUGCCCACUGUUGUAUUAUUCGCCGGUAUGAUUUACACAUUCGAAGCAGUUAUUUCUGAGGAACAAGAGUUCAAAAAUGCCAUAAAAUCGUUACAAUACGAAGCUACCGAAGAACAUACCGAGGAUUAUUUGAAUUUCCUUGAUCUGAUCAACUUGAAGUUGAUGACCGAAUCGCCCAAAAUAACGGCAUGUGGAUUGUUUACGGUCAACUUACAAGUUUUCUAUAAUGUUUUUGCUGCCAUCGUCACGUACAUUAUGAUUCUAUUUCAAUUCAGGGAUUUCGAAAAACAAGCCUAGUAAAAAAGUACAAAAAGAAAUAGAUUAUUUAUUAUCAUACCUUAUCUCGAACCACUGGCUUCACUUGAAUCAGGAACCGAACGUACCCUCUGAUGCUUAUAGUCGUAAUAGUUCAAAUUCGGAUGCUGCCGCUGCCACUCCUCUCGCUCUUUUCUGCGCCGUUCGGCUUGCGCUUGUUGCAUUUUGUAAACGAAGAGCGGUCUGAAUAUUAUGGUGGUCCCAUCGGCAACAAGAUCAUGGCCAGAGUCAUAGUUCACUUGGCCGGAGGCGCGCGGCAUCAUGACUACCACCGCCAGCUAUCGGAAAACAUGUGUGAGAUUAUUCUCCACCUCACAAAACAUGGUAUUGACAGCAAUUUCACUGAACUUGAUAAUGGGAAAUGAUACCUACCAGCAAAAGCACGGCGCGAAAUUUCAUCCUACAUACGUAACAUUGGCACUGAAAUUACAUCAACAACGCAGUAACGCGGUUACGCGUAAGAAACUUGACACCGUAUUGCUGCACUUAAUUUGAUGGUAAUUAACACGUCUCGAGAUAUGACAACUACCUUCUUCAGGAGGCACUUGAUGUAGCCUCGAUUUUGUGCGAAUGCGAUCGAUCGUUGAAAGAAAUGCAACCAUGCGUAUUUUUACAACCAAUAUUUAUAGGGGCGCUUCUCUUUUCCCCCAUCGAAAAUAUACCGGUGAUAUAAUUUUUAACGUUAAAUUUUCUGUUAAAAAAAAUCAAUUGAGUUCGAUACGUUGAUGACAAAGCGAGGGCACUCUUUUAUUCGGUACGAUGAUUUAUCAGGGUUCAUCUUUCUCUAACUUAUUUCCGCCAAAAGCAACGAACGUCCUUUGAUAUACAUAACUUUAUUUUUCAAUAUAAUAUAUUCAUCCACUAUUCGAUUACCGCAGUUUACCAUCUUCUCGUUCCAUAUUGUUCCAUCAAACGAUUAGAGCCUAACCCUGUGAAUGGUCAGCCACUACUAGCCUGGAUGGAACAACCCUCAGUUCUGAUACUUUUCUCGCAUCCGAUAACGCAAACCUUGUCAUCAGCAGCAUCGUUCUUGGGAAAAUGAAAUCCCUACAGAGAGUAGGGGUUUAUUUUCCGAUCGUUACCUUUACGUUAUGCUUGCUUGCCCAAAUAUUCAACUUAAAAAUUUCACGUAUUCUGGGUCGUCGUUUGUGUUUUUUUUUUCACUAUUAACACGAUAUUUGCUCAUCUUAGCUUAUAGUUCAAUAGAGGGGGGGCUCUCAAUAGCGUUUACAUGAUAUAUUAAUAAUAAUGACGAUCAACAGAAAAGAAUAUAUUGUUACGCAGAACGAAAUAAGUUUUUCCUUUGACAAUCUUACAGUCUACGCAUGCACAGUUUCAUCAAACGAUGCCAAUUUUGGAUGAGAUUUAGACUAGAGGCUAAACUCCUUCCAGAUUUUUGUGAAAAAAAGCUAAAUCUCGCAAA